GGUAUCAUGUCAUGUCAGGUGGUACCGUUGCUUAGGCUUAUAUAUGUCCCUUAUCACUCCCCAUAGUUCCUGUUCUUGCUGACAUUGUGCAUAACAACACUGACGUAAAACCAAUCUGUACGACGGCAGCACCAGCAGCUAACAGUAGUACAUUCACGUUACAACAGCUAGCUGGCGUACAAUCACUAGUUAGACGUUAACUUACUGUUUGCCUAUCUUUAACGGAAGUUUUCCCGUAAAUGAACUGUUCUAACAUCGCCCGGUGUUGAAGAAGUUUAAUAAACAUGUGUGACCAGGGGGACAUUUGUCCCCACCUGAAUUCCAUAGGGGAGGUAACCAAGGAGGAGCUUCUGCAGAAAUCCAAGGGAUCCUGCCAGUCAUGUGGAGUGGGAGGUCCCAACCUCUGGGCCUGUCUGCAGAGCGAGUGUCAAUAUGUUGGCUGUGGAGAAACCUUUUCAGAUCACAGCACCCUACAUGCACAGGCAAAUAAACACAACCUGACGGUGAACCUGACCACUUUCAGGAUCUGGUGCUAUGUGUGUGAGAGGGAGGUGUUUCUGGAGCAGAGGCCUGCAGUCGUCCCUGCAAUGUCUGCCACACACACUCCCCACCACUGUAAAGCUAAGGAACACCAGGUACGCCAUCGCACAAAGGAUGCAGUUCAUCAACCAGUGAGUCACCACCACCCGUUGAAGGCAGUCCCUAUCGCGGUAGCCGAAGAAGAGUGGUCGGAGUCGGAGGAGGAUGCGCUCAAACCUAGAGGUUUGACAGGGAUGAAGAAUAUUGGUAACUCCUGCUACAUGAACGCAGCGCUUCAAGCCCUGUCCAACUGUCCUCCUCUCACUCAGUUCUUCCUGGACUGCAGUGGAUUGGUGCGGACUGACAAAAAGCCUGCACUGUGCAAAAGCUACCAGAAACUGAUCUCUGAGCUCUGGCACAAGAAACGGCCCAGUUACGUAGUCCCCACCAGUCUGUCCCAGGGCAUCAAGCUGGUCAACCCCAUGUUCCGUGGCUACGCCCAGCAGGUAGGGGCAAGCUCCCAGCAGGACACCCAGGAGUUCCUGCGCUGUCUGAUGGACCAGCUCCACGAGGAGCUCAAAGAGCCACUGGCAGAGUGUGGAGGGGAGGGGGAUGAUAGGAGGGAUGGGGGCGACCGCUCCCCCUCCGAGGACGAGUUCCUCUCCUGCGACUCAGGCGCCAGCAGCGACCGGGGGGAGGGAGGGGGGCUGGGGGAGCCCGAGCUGCUCAUUCAGGACGAGUGUGGGGUGGGGCCGAGAGUUGGAGGAGGGGGGACAGGCACGGGCGGAGGGGUAGGCACAGGGGGGCCCAUCUCAGAGAAAGAGAGGCUGAAGGAGAAAAGGGUGUUGGGCUCGCCCCUCCACAGGGGCUCCCAGGAGAUGGACGAGGACGCCGAUGUGGAUACGACAGCGGCCGAAGAGGGUGGUCUGGAGAGGGGAGCGGAGGAGGAGGAGGGGACCCCCCCUAGCCCUAGGCCACAGGGUCCGAGUCAGACACAGGGGCAGACGCAGAGCAACAGCACUCCAGAGCCCGACAAUGAGGCAUUGAUGCAGAAGCGCCCCCAGUCUCGCCCCUGCAGCCCCGUCUGUACUGUCCAGGAACUGCACCCUAAACUCUCCCCCAACCCCACUCGCUCCAGCCCCUUCCGCUCUGCAGGGCCCGCAUACUCUUUUAAGAAAGCCCAGCUGUUCCUGGGUGCCAAGAAACAGAAGCAGUCUCGCUACCGCAGCGUCAUCUCAGACAUCUUCGAUGGCUCAAUCCUCAGCCUGGUCCAGUGUCUGACUUGUGACAGGGUGUCGACCACAGUGGAGACCUUCCAGGACCUGUCCUUGCCCAUCCCAGGUAAGGAGGACCUGGCCAAGCUACACUCCUCCAUCCACCAGAACCUCCCAGCCAAGACCGGGGUAUCUCUGGAUGUCUACGGCUCCCAGGGCUGGAUCACCUACAUCAUGGACUCCAUACGCAGGUUUGUGGUGUCCUGUAUCCCCAGCUGGUUUUGGGGUCCUAUGGUCACACUGGAGGACUGCCUCGCCGCCUUCUUCGCUGCUGAUGAGCUCAAAGGGGACAACAUGUACAGCUGUGAAAGGUGUAAAAAAUUGAGAAAUGGUGUAAAAUAUUGCAAAGUACUUCGGCUACCUGAGAUCCUGUGCAUCCACCUGAAACGUUUUCGCCAUGAGGUGAUGUACUCCUUCAAGAUCAACAGCCACGUGGCCUUCCCAUUGGAGGGCCUCGAACUCCGACCUUUCCUGGCCAAGGACAGCCCCUCCCAGAUCACCACCUAUGACCUGCUGUCCCUCAUCUGUCACCAUGGCACCGCAGGCAGUGGUCACUACAUAGCGUACUGUCAGAACGUGAUUAACGGUCAGUGGUACGAGUUUGAUGACCAGUAUGUAACGGAGGUCCAUGAGACGGUGGUGCAGAAUGCUGAGGCCUAUGUGCUCUUCUACAGAAAGAGCAGUGAGGAGUCGGUGAGGGAGAGGCAGAAGGUGGUGGAUUUAGCUAGCAUGAAGGAGCCAAGCUUGCUGCAGUUCUACAUCUCCAGAGAGUGGCUGAACAAGUUCAACACUUUCACUGAGCCAGGGCCCAUCAGCAACCACACCUUCCUCUGCCAGCACGGAGGGAUCCCGCCCAAUAAGUACCACUACAUUGACGACCUGGUGGUGAUCCUGCCCCAGAACGUGUGGGAGUACCUGUACAACAGUUUUGGAGGAGGUCCAGCAGUGAACCACUUGUACGUGUGUGCCAUCUGCCAGGUGGAGUUAGAGGCUCUGGCCAAACGCAGGAAGGUGGAAAUAGACACCUUUAUCAGGUUGAAUAAAGAGUUCCAAGCGGAGGAGGCUCCUACAGUCAUCCUGUGUAUCAGUAUGCAGUGGUUCAGAGAGUGGGAGAGCUUUGUCAAGGGCAAAGACAAUGAGCCCCCUGGUCCUAUUGACAACAGUAAGAUUGGUGUCAUGAAAGGGGGACAUGUACAGCUCAAGCAAGGGGCUGACUAUGGUCAGAUCUCAGAGGAGACGUGGCAGUAUCUCCUCGGUAUCUAUAGUGGAGGGCCUGAGAUUGCAGUGAGACAGACAGUGCUGGCCACCGACACAGACAGCCUGCAUGGAGAGAGGAAGAUAGAGGCAGAGACCAGGGCACUCUGAGAAAUGGUUGUCUGUGUUUGACUCCCCUGUACACUAGCCCUCACUGGAGCUGAGGGGGUUGAUUUGCACCUGGGUGAAGAGAAGCCUUAUUGUGAGCACUUUGUAAAAUGUAGCAACGCGCCUUAUUCUAUUACCUGUGCAGGAAGACAUAUUGGUCAAUUAUCCAUCAUAGUGUAGUAGAAAAGGUGUUAUUUAUUGAACAAACUUAAGAUGUUUUAGUAAGAAAAUAUACAUUGCAUAGUUGCAGUAGGUUGGUGACAACAAAAUCUAAAUUGCUGCUGUACUACUGUAGUAGGUGUGUCAUAUCGUUAACGGUGUCCUGCACUCAGAUGAGAGGCAGAGGGAGGAAGGGAGGGAAUGUCGUGCCGAGGGGCGUGACAUCAUCAGUGUUAAUUGCUACUUGACAACUCGGGUGAACUUGUACUAAUCUUUUUUUGCUGCAGGCCCCAAACAACAAACAUUCAAUGACUACACGUUUGUCUCUCCGAGACAAUGGAAGAGGAUGGAUGGAUGUAAAAAAAAAAAAGAAAAGGCUGUUCAGAGCGUGUUGAACGUUGCGAUCUUGUAGAAGUGUUCCACUCCCUUUCCGAGGAAGACUGCAAAGUUUUCAGAUUGUCGUGACUCGCGGCGUCUCAUCGCAUAGUCGAUUUAUUUAUUUAAGUUACACAGAUCGAGGCUUAUCCCAUCAAUAACCCUUAGUAGUGUAAGUUUACAUACCGUAUGAACAAGCAGAUUAGGUUAUUGUCUCUCUCUCUCUCCAUUCCUUAGUGUAGGAGAAUAGACUGGUCCCAGGUCUAUUUGUGCUGUCUUACCAACUCUAUGAUCUACCAACCCUCCGGUGCCUGCAGCCCCAGUUUAGGAUAGGAUAUCAGGCUAGGAGGAGAGGAAAGAGAGGGGGGGAGAUCCCGUCCACCUGGAGGGGUAGGUGUGGAAGAGGUGUCGUAAAGAGGUGUGUCGGUCACCCGUCUAAAGUGAGUGUUGCUCAGAUGUCCAUGUCUCGUACUUCUCCUCAGCUCAGCAAAACUCCAUAUCCCAGAAUUCACCACUCCCCCAGUUUACUAGCCUGCACCUGUCUGCACUUGUCUUUCUGCUUGGAAAAUAUGGGCGGCAGGUAGCCUAGCGGUUAAGAGCGUUGGGCUAGUAACCGAGAAGUCUCUUGUUCGAAUCUCCGAGCUGACUAAGUGAGAAGGCUGCCAAUGUGCCCUUGAGCAAGGCACUUAACCCGAAUUGCUCCUUUGUGUUGCUCUGGAUAAGCGUGUCUGCUAAAUGACUUAAAAUGUAAAAUAUCAUAAUCCCCCUCAUCCCUCUCACCAUAAAGGUACAAUGACCUUUACUGUGAAUGUAUAUACUGCAUGCUAAAACAGAGGUUCAAACUUGUUUUUUGUUUUUGGUAGGUAGGAUGAUGUUAUGUACUUUGACAAGAGAUGAUGCAAGUGGUGAUGUCAUUAUGAGCUUCCCCUGAUUUCCCUGAGUAUGCCAACUAACCGUUUAAUGGUUAAAUGACAUACGUUCACGCGUGUCAAUGGCUACUGUAGCAAUGCUAUGUAAUGGAUGCUGUCUAGUCGGUCCAAACAGUGUUUGAACCUAAAAGUAGAGGUUUGAAAAAUACCUGAGUGAUUCUGUGCUGCCGUGCUGGUAAGUGGUAUGUCAGUGUCCAAAGAGUAAUUAUGUCGUUUUUUUCCCCUUUUUUAUAUAUAUAUACAUACAUACAUACAUACAUACACACACACACACACACACACACACACACACACACACACACUGCUCAAAAAAAUAAAGGGAA